AUGAAUGAACAUUUUCUUGUAUUAGCUGAAAAUAAAAAAGAACAUCCAACUUUUUUUAUAAAAUUUGCACCAUACAACAAUACUCAACUUUCAUUACAAUGUUCAACCUAUAAUAUAAAUACAACAGAUUCUUUUAUUUAUACUGUUGCUGUUGGUAAAAAACAAAAUCAAAAUCAAAAACAUUUUUAUUUUGCGGGUGAACUGAUCAACGAUAAAAGCGGAAUAUUUGUUGGUGUAGCAGUAUACAAUAAUAAUUCAUCAUUAUUAUGUAACAAUAAUUUUACAUAUUAUUUUCAAUAUUUUUUUAAUUAUCAACAUCAAGAAUAUUAUCUACUUGGUGUUGAACCGAAUGGUUAUUUUACUUAUGGAUUUUCAAAUGAAUUUAUAUUUAUAUUUGAUGUACGAAAUACUUCAGUUUUAGAUCUAUGGAGUGCAAAUUUAACGUGGCCAGAUGCUACAUUUAUUCCUCAUGCUGUUGAUGUUACAAAAAACUUUGGUGUUAUAUCAGGAUUUAUUUAUAAUGGAAUGAAUUCCACAGUAAAAUAUAGUCCCAUGAUAUAUCUCUUUAACUUUAAUUCAUCAAAUGAACGUCCAAUUGUUGUUAAUGAAUAUAAACCUAUCACUACUCCUGGUACAUGGCAAGAUCUAUUGACAAAUGAUAAUGCAAAUUUCUAUUCAGCUGAAUAUGAUAUGUCUGUUAGUAUUAAUCAAUAUGGAGAUGUUUUAGUUGGUAUGCCAUUUAUCAAUAGAGUGCUCUUAUUUUCUGUUAAUAUUAGCAAACCGACACAACUAUAUUUUGUUAGUAGAAAUACCAAUGGUAGAGCGUUAGGAAAUGGAAAAAGUAUUGCUUGGUUAAACAAUGGUAUAGCUGCUUUAGUUGUCAAUGUCUAUACACUCGAUUAUGAUUGGUUAACAUCACAAAUUCAAGUUUAUGAUAUUCGAACAUUUGGUUACAAUUCAAAUAGUACUCCUCUAUUAAUUUUUCCAAAUAAUCAUGAAAAAAUACCUAAAAGUCUUGAUCCCGUAUUUAUAAACAUUGUUUCAUCACCAUCGUCAUUAGCUCUACUCGAUAAUAGUGGGCAUAUACUUAUAUUUCUUCCAACAUUGCCAGGUUUCUACUUGACUGUAAAAGAUACAGGAACAAUGCCAUUAAUUACAACAUCACGAGCAUGUAUACCAGGAACAUUUAAAAAUCAAUCAGGCAUUCAUGAUUGUACACUUUGUCCAAGUGGAAUGAAAAAUCCAGGCAAUUUUACUACAUUUUGCAUUCCAUGUUCAUCGGAUUCAUUUUGUCCUCUCGGUUCAGUAAAUGACGUACCUCAAUCAGCAUUGGAAAAUGUAAUACAGGCUGUUCCAUAUCCAAAAUCACCAGAAAGUGUUGUAUUUGAAGAAAUUCUCAUUAAGAAUAUGUUUCUUAUUGGAUCUAAUCGUUGUGUUGUAAUCUCGCCCCUGUUUUGGACAUUAAUUGUUGGCACUUUAGCUGUAGGAGUCUUAAUUAUUAUGGGAAUUUCUAAAUAUAUUAUAAAAGAUCCACGAAAAAAACGAACAAGAGAAUUAAUAAAGAAGAUUUUCAGACAUACAGAUUUAUUUGGUGAAGGUGAAUUGUGGGUUGGUGGUUUAGCAUCAUUCUCUGCUAUUACAUUAGUUUGUUUUGCUUAUGCAUUUAGUAGUCAUUUCAUGAGACAAUAUCCUAUAGAAACAUCCUCAGAUUCAUAUUUUGCUUGCGAUACAACAAUAAGAAAUGCAAAAUUUCAAACGGGUCUACAAUCAUUAGCCAUACCAUUUGCCAAACCUGAUCAACAAAUGUUUGAUCUAUUAGAUAAUCAAACAUUAAUUUUAAAUGUUGAUUUUGUAAAUACAUUCAUUAAGUGUGAUGCUAUCUCGAUUGACGCUCUGCUAGAUUUAGUAUGGUCAACAAUUCGUUGGUUAAAUUGUGAUAAUAUUAACUCUACGCUAUCCUUAUCUGUUCAACUUCCUUAUCAACAUGUAUCCAUACAAGUUAAUAUAGCUGAUGCUAAAAUAAUAGGAGCUCUACGAAUUGGCCUUUAUGGAGAUAAACAUGAAAGUGAAAAUUAUGUAUUGAAACAAUUAAAAUUUUAUCAAUCAUUUUUUAAAAACGGAUCAAUAUUAGCAAGAAAUUUGCCUGUUGCUGUUUCGUUAACAAAAGUUAUCAAUGAAACAUUAUCAAUCGAUGGCGGAGAAUCAAUAUUUAGUGGUAUUUUUAUUCCAACGUUCACUGUUGAUCAUAAUAGCUUAUUUUUUACAGAAGACCAAUUUGCUCGUUCUACAUUAACAGUAACCACAUUGAACAUUGCUAUUAGUGAAACUCUCUAUUAUGUAAAAAAUUUACAAGAACCAAUAGCAAAAUCAUCAGAAAUUAUAUUUCAAAAUCUUUUAUUUACAACUGUAUGCUUAGAAUUAUUUGGUCUUAUAUUCUUAUUAUUUAGACUUCUUUUAAAACCAAUGUAUUAUUGUAUUCGGAGAAAAACGCCUACACACAAUCAAACACAUGUUGAUAAUAAAGAACAAAAUUGUGCUCAUAGUUUAAACGACAAAACAUCUGGUACUACUUAUGUAGAUAUGAGUCACACUGCAUAUUUAUAA